AUGCUGGAAGCAUUCAUUAUUUUGACUGAUUCGAUGUAUAAAAAAGGAGAUGGACAAUUAUUUUCGUAUGGAAAGUUCUCACAAACAUAUAUGGAGGGAGCAGACGAAUUAAAACAGUCUACCGACUUAGACGCUACUGAAUUUAACACGAUACUGGCCAAUCAACUAAAUCAAAAUCUAACCAAAACCGCAAGUCCUAGUACACCAAGCAAACUUGCAUCAUAUAUGAAAGAUGUCAUAAACAUAUGUUCAAAUUAUUUGGCACAGUCUGCAGAAUAUAAUAAGGAUAAAGGCCUUGCAUUUAGAUUAUUAGUAAAAUCUAUGCGCACGAAAUCUAAUGAACUACUAUAUCAAAAGGAUGAAAUGAAAAAGACGUAUGGCGAAGCUGCAACUGCACUCGAGAAAGCUAAAGGAUUAGAAACGGACCACGAUGAGCCAAACUUAUCACAGGAGAUACAUUCGUCUCUUUCAAAAUUAAUACAAGGCCAAACUCCAGAUGAAUUAAAAGCUGACAUGACAGAGACAUUGGAUUUAAGUUCUAAAUAUCUCUCCCAGAGUGCUAUUGAUGAACUUGAAAGAGGACCUGUUUUUGAUAUUCUAAUAAAAGAAUUGGAAAAAGAUGGCGCAGAGUAUUUUACGCCUGAAUUUCAAGGUCUAGAAAAUAAAUUCGCUGCAGCAUACUCGUUAGUAUACUGUUAA